AUGAAGCUUCGGGGCUCUUUGGCCGCAGUGGCAACAACGGCGAUCACAUUCUUCGACGUUGCACAGGCCCAUUGUUAUAUCUACUCCGUUUACGUUAACGGUGUUGAUAGCGGUACCUUCUCAGGGAUCCGUACACCAGCAUACAAUGGACCACCACCAUACGGUUUCGCUAAUGGACCCGUCAAAGACCUCGACAGCAUAGACCUGCGAUGCAACGUGCUAGGUGAUCACCAGGUACCGCAUACUAUCCAAGUGACACCCGGGGACAACCUCACAAUGGAAUGGCACCACGACGCCCGCACGGCUACGGACGAUAUCAUCGCAUCUUCACACCACGGCCCUGCGAUGGUAUAUCUCAGCCCGGACCCACCCAGCGAUAACUCCUUUGUCAAGAUCUGGGAGGAGGGUAAAUUUGCUGAGGGGGAGGGUCCUAGAGCCCCGGGGAAGUGGGCUACCACGGCUGACAUAGCGGGCAACGGAGGCAAGAUGAACGUGAGAAUCCCUAAGGGGCUCAAAGCUGGCUUUUACCUUAUCAGGGCCGAGAUGAUUGGUCUUCACGAGGCUGAGGUCAGCUACCAGAAGAACCCUAUCCGCGGGGCGCAGUUCUAUCCGAAUUGUAUUCAAAUAGAGGUUCUAGGUGACGGCGAUGUCAGCCUCCCUGAAGGUGUCAGCUUCCCAGGAGCUUACAAAUGGGAUGAUCCUGGCAUUAUCUACGAUGCAUGUCUAUCUAUUAGAUUACUGCCAUUUCUUAUAACUAUUCCAGGCCCGACGGUAUGGUCUGGUGCAUGGCCUGAUACGCCAUCGGUUGAACUCGGUGCUAUGACGGGAGUUACGAAAGUUACGAGCUGGAACACUUGGGUCGUGAAAUCAGUUGUCACGUCGGCAUCGGCUGGACAGGUCUUGGGCACGUCCACUUACCAGGCUCAAUGGUCGUCUACUUACCACGCGCCUACACCAACUGCGUAG